GGAGAGUGAGAUCCGCUCUUAGCUCACACGCACAGCCCUAUAAAGCUAGGGCUGCUCUGUUGAACGGGCUGCAUUUCUCCUGCUGCAGCAGCAGCAAUUACUGUCUCUGCCUCCCCUCUGCCCUGCCUGAGGGUCUAGAGGGAUUAAGGAAAGUAGGGAAAUCCAUCACGUGGAGGAGGAGGUGGAGGGAGGGGGGCAGUCAUUAGCAUUCCUGUGCUGUGCCUGAGCUGGCAGCAUCUCAAGGAGAGAUCCGGGGCCAGCCCAGGAAGGGAGCUGGCACCAGGAAGAGGAGCUGGAGCCCUGUUACUGACACCUGGUUCCCCAGAACCCCUCAGCCUUGUGUGCCUCCAAGCACUCGCCUUCCAGUUUCUGCUCUGCGUCUCUUUCCCUUUCUUUAUCUUACUCCAAGUGCCUGUUCUCGGCAGCUGCCUGGCUGAUUUGGGGCUCGAGCUGAACUUUACUUCUGGGUUUGGGGCUCUGCAGCUGCUGCACUUCCCCAGCAAGGCUGGCUUUUGGGAUGGGACUCCGGGAGCUGACUGUCUGGCUGAUCAUGGCUGUGGGGCUCGUACAUGUGUCCCUGCAAGGAGAGUUCCAGAGGAAGCUCUAUAAGGAGUUGCUGAAGAAUUACAAUCCUCUGGAGAGGCCUGUGGCCAAUGAUUCCCAGCCGCUCACUGUCUACUUCACUCUUAGUCUCAUGCAGAUUAUGGAUGUGGAUGAAAAAAAUCAAGUUUUAACAACCAACGUUUGGUUACAAAUGUAUUGGACAGAUUACUAUUUACAAUGGAACAUGUCUGAGUACCCCGGAGUGAAGAAUGUUCGUUUUCCUGAUGGUCAGAUUUGGAAGCCAGAUAUUCUUCUGUACAACAGUGCUGACGAGCGAUUUGAUGCGACAUUUCAUACCAAUGUUUUAGUCAAUUCUUCAGGACACUGUGAAUACCUGCCCCCAGGCAUAUUCAAGAGCUCAUGCUACAUAGAUGUGCGCUGGUUUCCGUUUGAUGUUCAGAAGUGUAAUCUGAAGUUUGGAUCCUGGACCUAUGGUGGAUGGUCCUUGGACUUACAAAUGCAAGAAGCAGAUAUAUCUGGAUACAUUUCAAAUGGAGAGUGGGAUCUAGUAGGAGUUCCUGGAAAGAGGAGUGAGAGUUUUUAUGAAUGUUGUAAAGAACCUUACCUAGAUGUGACAUUUACAGUGACUAUGAGACGUAGGACUCUGUAUUAUGGACUCAAUCUUCUCAUUCCUUGCAUGCUGAUAUCGGCACUUGCUCUAUUAGUUUUUCUGCUUCCGGCUGACUCAGGAGAGAAGAUCUCACUAGGUAUAACAGUUUUAUUGUCUCUUACUGUCUUUAUGCUACUUGUGGCAGAAAUUAUGCCAGCAACAUCAGAUUCUGUGCCGUUAAUAGCUCAGUAUUUUGCCAGCACCAUGAUUAUUGUUGGCCUUUCUGUUGUUGUCACUGUUAUUGUUCUGCAAUAUCACCAUCAUGACCCAGAUGGGGGGAAAAUGCCAAAGUGGACAAGAGUCAUCCUUCUGAACUGGUGUGCCUGGUUCCUGAGGAUGAAGAGACCAGGGGAGGAUAAAGUACGCCCUGCCUGUCAGCAUAAGCCACGUCGAUGUAGCUUGUCAAGUGUGGAUAUGAACACUGUGGGUGGACAACAAGCCAGUAAUGGGAAUAUGCUCUAUAUUGGGUUCCGGGGGCUGGAAGGAGUCCAUUGCACUCCGACCACUGAUUCUGGGGUAAUUUGUGGGAGGAUGACCUGCUCGCCAACAGAAGAAGAGACUCUCCUGCACAGUGGACACCCCUCUGAAGGUGACCCAGAUUUAGCUAAGAUCUUGGAGGAGGUCCGAUAUAUUGCAAACCGAUUCAGAGACCAGGACGAGGAGGAAGCCAUUUGCAAUGAAUGGAAGUUUGCAGCCUCUGUGGUAGACCGUCUCUGCUUGAUGGCUUUUUCUGUCUUCACAAUCAUUUGUACGAUCGGCAUUUUAAUGUCCGCACCAAACUUUGUAGAGGCUGUGUCUAAAGAUUUUGCUUAAUUCUGCAAAAUGUCUGUGAUCCUCCAAGGUAUGCUAUGUAGCAAAUAGAUGAGUACAUGGUCUUUUUUUUAAAAAAAAACAUGCCUUAUCAUAAAUAUACUCUUACUCAGUGACCCAUUUAAAAACAGUAAAAUAUCUGUAGGGCUCACUCCAGCCUCUGAGAUGUUGAGGGACUUAACUCCCACUGAAAUGUGUAAAUAGGGCAUUCAGUUUGUAGGGUUGAGUCCACAGUUCGUGAGCUAUUGCUAAAGUAUCUUAUAGACCAAUCUAAGGCCACUGGCAUUAAUGGAAAGAUUCCCAUUAACUGCAAUGAGCUUUGGAUCAGGCCCUUAGCCAAUAAAUGACACAAAUGCUAUAAUGAGGGAACACUCUCACCAGCUUAUGUUGGCAGAAGCAAUUAGUUAAUGUGGGGCACAAGCUGACACCUGAUUUUCAGAAGGCGGGUACUCAGAAAUACUGAAAAUCAGGCCCCUGAAAAGUGUGUCAAGUUGGGCUCCUAAAAACUGAGACUGCCAAAAUGGACACUACCAACUUUAAUGGGAGCUGGUUCUGAAGCAUAGAUCCUAAUUUUAACAGCACUAAAAGUAUGGGCUGAAUUUUUAAACCACACUUCAGUGGAGGAAUUUAAUUUUGGGGCUUAUACCACUGCCUUCUCCAGCAAAGACAUUCUUUGAACUGCUAAGUUUUGUUGCACCCAUUUUGCUAUAUUGAUGUCUGUCUUUUUUUUUUUUUUUUUUUUUUAAAGGAAAAUGCAGAAUUCAAGAUCUUUACGUCUUCAUUUGUUAAAGAGACACUUGGGUCUUUUUAGUGAUUGCUUUCCAAUGUGGGAAAAAUAACUCUCUCUAUACAAACUCAAAAAUAAAUGGCAAAUCUAAAGCAAAAUGAGUCAUUUCAAUGUUCAAAAUUAAUGUUUUGUCUGAUGCAUGCACCGUAUUUUAGAUGCAGCAUUAUCUUUCUGUUGACUUACCAAUACAUAUUAUGGAAAGAAAACUGCUUAGCUUUUUUGCUCAGUGCAUUGGUUAAAGCUGAAAACUCUUCUUGCUGUGCAUAAGCUGUAAAUAUUCACCAGGAAACUUUAAAUAGGAAUUCCUUUUUAGAAAAUCAUUCUAUGGGCAAAGUUUUAAGUGCACAAAUAAGUAAUUAGGUGCCUAACAUUUAAAAUUUGUACCUUUAAAAUCCCCGCCGUGGAAUGUUAAACUUUUCAAGUGAAUGUUGUGCUCAAGAAAAGUGCUGAGCUGACAGUGCUAGAGACUGAAGUCCUGUGUCUACAAAACAGGUGCUGAAAAGUAUCCCUAUUCUGUCCUGCCAAUGUGCCUGAACUGUGAUCUCAGAGGAUGGGGCUCUCUUUAUGCGGCAGAAGCUAGUUUAGUUCUGAGAUUGCCAAGAAGGCUGCAAAUUGAUGCCAGUUGUGGUAGGUUUUUACUGAAGUGGAUAUUAGGCUGAGAAUCCAAAUAACUUCUUAGACAGCUGUAAGAGCAAUAGGAUAGGAGCCAUUUUUGGUUAUUACGGAUUUUAGCUGGAUUUGAAUUACAGACAUACAGUUGAAAGGCUUUGGUUGAGAGCUUCAUCCCCACUUUGGUCACUUGCUGCCAAAUAAAAUCCCUUGAAUGGUGAAAGAGGCCCCUAAAAAGUCCUCUGUAUAGCUGGGGGAGUAUUCUUCUGGCAUAGGGGGCAUGCUGGCAGUGGGAAGGGUGUUGAGCCACAAUACACAGCACUGUGGAGAUUCCUGACAGUUCUGUUUCCCAUAGGGAAGUCCAGAGAGGUUGCUGUAAUUUAGACAGGCCUGUGCAUGUUGCUCCCGGGGGUUUGUGCAGACCAGGAUCAGGACGCGCAAGGUGAGGCUUAAAGCUAUGUUAGCUCCCCUCCCCUUGUGUUGUGCCUUGAAGUGCAGCACAGAAUCCCACCUAUAAUAUCUAGAGCUGAGCAAAUAAUUUGUACUGAUUAGUUAAUUUUGUCUCUCUGGUUUUGAUUUGCCCCUGAUGAAAUCAGUUUCUCAGAUGUAUUUAUUCAAAAUUAUUCACUGAAUAAUUCUUGGUUUGUAGAUUGCUCAUCAGCAGUUCACUAUGAGUAUCUGAGUUUGAGUGGAAACCCAGGUCACAUGGUAUAAUUCCCUGAUUCUAGGAGCUAUGCUCUGCCAGUCUACUUUCUUCUGCAAAUACUCGUCUUCAAGUUGAAAAUGUCUUUGGAGGUAUUUAUUAAACAAUCGUGCUGUGUCAGCAAAAAUUCCCAGUAGCCAAUUCACCUGUUAUAUUCACAGAAAGUGAGUGCAAGUGCAGGAUGAAGUAAAUUCAAUUGUUUAGUUGAGUGAAUAUCGAUGGAAUAUAUUCUUGAGAUUUGCUCAAUUACUUGUAGUUCUCAAAGGUCUUUACCAAUACUCUGAGCUAUCCAUUCCCUCAAAAAGAUUAUUUCUAAAAAUGGUGGCUUAGAAAUCAUUGUUAAUGUGACCAUCUGGCUGGAUAUGGACAUAAUUUUUGGUACUAUGUAACAUGGUGGUAGAAAUAUUCUGUCAGACUACACUGCUCCCAAUCAAAUGGAAUUUAGUGUUAAACAAAAUGUUUCCUAUUUACACUCUAAAGUUCAUUGUUGAAGUAGUUGUGUAGCCAGAUGGAAAGUGGAUUACAAUUUGACAUUGAGCUCCUGUGUUACCAUUCUGUGUCUACACUUGGAAA